UACCUGUGCUCUGGCACUGCAUGCAGCACCCAGGCAGCCCCUGCACUGCUGUGGGAUCGGGUCCCCAUCCAGGGAGGACUUUGGGGCAGCCCCUGGGGGUCCGAGCAAGAGAAGGUGGGGGCAGCAGUAGGGUCCACGUGGUGAAGCAGCAGCACCUGCUGCACUGGGACACCCCAAUGUCCCCAGGAUAUCCAGGCACCCUGAGCACAUCCCUGCAGUGUUACAGCCCUUCCUGCGUUGCAGGCAGAGUGUGAGCCAACGCAGCACGCAGGGAACUGCCUCGAAGCCAACCCCUGCCCCCAGGAAUCUCCUCCUCGCUCCCAGGAGCCCUGAGAUGAUUCACACCCUGCACACCCUGCCAUGCGCUCCUGCCCGGCGAGCACCGACCCAGCCUCUGCGGGACGUCCCCAGAGCAGCUAACAGGACCGGGACACCAUGAACUGGUCAGUGUUCGAGGGGCUGCUCAGUGGGGUCAACAAGUACUCCACAGCCUUCGGCCGCAUUUGGCUCUCCCUCGUCUUCAUCUUCCGCCUUCUGGUCUACGUGGUGGCAGCCGAGCGCGUCUGGAGCGACGACCACAAGGACUUUGACUGCAACACGCGGCAGCCGGGCUGCACCAACGUCUGCUACGACCACUUCUUCCCCGUCUCCCACAUCCGCCUGUGGGCCCUGCAGCUCAUCCUGGUCACCUGUCCCUCGCUGUUGGUCAUCAUGCACGUGGCUUACCGUGAGGCCAAGGCGCAGCAGCACCGCGCCGAGCGGGGGGACGGAUACCGCUCCCGCUUCCCCAACCCCGGCAAGAAGCGAGGCGGGCUGUGGUGGACGUACCUGUUCAGCCUCAUCAUCAAGGCUGGCGUGGAUAUGGUUUUCCUCUACAUCUUCUACCGCUUCUAUAGGAACUACAGCCUGCCCCGCUUGGUGAAAUGCCAGCUGCCCCCCUGCCCCAACAUCGUGGACUGCUUCAUCUCCCGGCCCACUGAGAAGACUAUAUUCACCCUCUUCAUGGUGGUCACCACCUGCAUCUGCAUCGUGCUCAGCCUGGUGGAGGCUGCCUACCUGAUUGGGAAGCGGUGUCGGGAGCGCCUGCAGGCUGGCAAUGGGGAGAGCCAUCGGAACAGCCACGAGUGUGCCGAGCUUGCAAGCACAGGGGGACAGGUGUUCCAUAGGGUGGGAUACAAAGACCCCACAGCCUCCAUCCCCAGUGACUCCAUUCCUACAACCUCCAUCCCCACAGCCUCCAUCCCUACAACCUCCAUCCCUACAACCUCCAUCCCCACCACACUGCCUGAGCAAGAGAAGAGUCCUUCCUAGGGCUUCCAGAGCGCUGUGACUGCCCAAGAUCCUGCUCCUGAUGGGACCAUCCCAAGUCCCCACCAUGGGAGCACUGGGAGCACUGGGGUGGCUCAACCACGGAGAUGGGGCUCAGCCCCUCCCCUCCUCAAGGCAAGGCAGUUCACAUCGUUCUGAUGGAUUUAGGGUAAGAGCAGGUGCUGCAGGAUGAGCCAGCAGGUACCACAAGGUGAGGGGCAAGCAGCUCUGUGCCAUGCACUGAGCCUGUCUCAGCGUGUAUCUUUGCAGUGAAUAAAUAUUUCUGUCUCUAAGUGAUGUUCUCCUGCUUUUGGGGCUCAAAACUGCAGGGGAGAUCUCAUGCCAAGGAGGGGCACGAGGGCUGUGCUGCCCCUGGAAAGGCACCGAGCAGCUCUGGAGCCAAUUGUGAGCAAUGCUGCUCUUGGUACAGCAGCCACAGCCAUGAAGCACAAGGGCGAGGAGCCUGCU